GGAGAUAAGCCCGGGGCAGGAUAUAUCCCGCACAAGGACCAAGAAGCAGGGGCGCGCAGGGUUCGGGGGACAGCUGCAUUGGAUGCGCCCGGAGGGCGGUGAGUGAGGCCCCAGUGCGGCCAUGGACCCUGUGCGGGCAACAGACCCCUCAGCGCCCCCAGGCCCUUUGACUCACCUGAGCCUGCCGGACAGCUCGGAGGCACGGCCGCAGAGCGGAGCCGACGGGCGGAGCCUCUCGGGCAAUUGGACCAGGUCAUCCCCAGAGCGCGCCUCGGUCCUGAGGGAAGGCGUGCGACAAUGCCUGCAGCAACAGUGCGAGCGGACGGUGCGGAUCCUGCAUGCCAAGGUGGCCCAGAAGUCAUACGGAAAUGAGAAGCGGUUCUUCUGCCCCCCGCCCUGUGUCUACCUCGCAGGUCCCGGCUGGAGGGUGAAGCCAGUGCAGGGCCAAGCCCACCAGGCAGGGGAAACCGGGCCCACGGUCUGCGGUUACAUGGGACUGGACGGCGCGUCCGGCAGCACCGCCGAGACACAAAAGUUGAAUUUUGAAGAGCAGCCGGACUCCAGGGAAUUCGGUUGUGCCAAGACCCUGUACAUCUCGGACGCAGACAAGAGGAAGCACUUCCGGCUGGUGCUGCGGCUGGUGCACCGAGGGGGCCGAGAGCUGGGCACCUUCCACAGCCGCCUCAUCAAGGUCAUCUCGAAGCCCUCGCAGAAGAAGCAGUCGCUGAAAAACACCGACCUGUGCAUAUCCUCGGGCUCAAAGGUCUCUCUCUUCAACCGCCUGCGCUCCCAGACGGUGUCCACACGCUACCUCUCUGUGGAGGACGGGGCCUUCGUGGCCAGCGCACGGCAGUGGGCUGCCGUCACGCUCCACCUGGCUGAUGAACACUGUUCCCAGGGGGACUUCCCGCCUCGAGAGGGCUACGUCCGCUAUGGCUCCCUAGUGCAACUUGUCUGCACUGUCACAGGCAUCACGCUACCUCCAAUGAUCAUCCGCAAAGUAGCCAAACAGUGCGCACUCCUCGAUGUGGACGAGCCCAUCUCCCAACUGCACAAGUGUGCAUUCCAGUUUCCUGGAGAUCCUCCUGGAGGGGUUGGCACUUACCUGUGCCUGGCUACAGACAAAGUGGUGCAAUUCCAGGCCUCCCCCUGCCCCAAGGAGGCAAAUAGGGCGCUGCUCAACGACAGCUCUUGCUGGACCAUCAUCGGCACCGAGUCGGUGGAGUUCUCCUUCAACACCAGCCUGGUGUGGACCCGGGAGCCGGUCACUCCAGUGCCCCUCAUCAGCACCCUGGAGCUGAGCGGUGGGGGCGACGUGGCCACUCUGGAACUCCACGGUGAGAACUUCCACGCGGGACUCAAGGUGUGGUUCGGGGACGUGGAGGCCGAAACCAUGUACAGGAGCCCGCGGUCCCUGGUGUGCGUGGUGCCCGACAUAGCCGCCUUCGGCAGCGACUGGCGCUGGCUGCGCACACCCAUCACUGUGCCCGUGAGCCUGGUGCGCGCCGACGGCCUCUUCUACCCCAGCGCCUUCUCCUUCACCUACACCCCGGAGUACAGCACGCGGCCCGGGCCCCCGGGCGCCCCCGAGCCCGCCGCGGACGCCGACGCGCUCCUCGAGAGCAUCCACCACGAGUUCACGCGCACCAACUUCCACCUCUUCAUCCAGACUUAGGUCCGCCGCGCCCACGACUGGCCCGGGCCGGUUUUCUGGGUCCCAGGCCCUGCCCCCUGCCCCUUUGCUGCGAAGUGAAGGCCAAAGCGUGGGUAGGGGGGAGGCUCUCGCCAUAGAAACUGUCACUGACUCGUCUUUAUACAUCCAACAAGACACGACCUGAGUGAUGCUAUGAUGUCUGUGUCCAGACAGGAGUGUGGCUCUCCCUGUGUUUGUCCGACUCUCUUUUUAAAUCAAGCAAUCAAUCUCUCUCUUCUGCAGUAACUUUGCAUGUCUCCCUACUUGUGUGUCCCUAUCCCUCCAACUUGGUCUCUCCCUGUUUCUCUCCAUGCCUCACUAGGAUUUCACGCACUCUUAGACGUCAAGUCUAGGGUGUUGACCCUCCAUGCAGUUUUGUCUCCUCUUGCAGAGAAGACACCUAGUGUCACACACGUAGGCAUGGAGCACGGGCCCCUGAGACAUGCCCUGGACCAUCGCAUCCUACGUGGAGUACUAGAUCGGCUCUGCAAUGCCAACUACCUAGAGCCCAAGGUCCUGCUGACAGUACUGGCUCUUACCUGGGGCAUCAGGGGCCAUCUGGCAC